AUGGAUCCACCACGAGGCUCAAUGUCAUCAGAAGCGGCUACAUCAGCCGAUAAUCCCACCACUCUGCCGCGGAUCAAAUUCCAGACAGCCGAACUCCUUGCUCAGGAGAUUGACAAGACGCCAGGCGAUGUCCUCUAUGUCGAAGAAGUAUCUCCACAGGAUUUUUCUACCAUCGAGGAGUAUAGGGAAGGCCGAUACCGAAAAUAUCGGUUUAGGCGGUUCUACCCAGAGCAACGUCUACUCAUUGUUGCAAUCCAAACUGAAAUCCACGAACAGUUGCACUGGACUUUAGUCUUCGAUAUCCUCUUCAGGAUUUGCGAAAUGGGGUUGGAGCAUCACUGGCUCUCAACCGGUGGCGACACGUAUCCGCAAGAAGGAGACGGCAGCGUAGGCGCUGGAGAAGCGGACGCAAGCGGGCGCCCAAUGCAGCCGGGGCAAAGGAGCUCUCGAAGAUGGCCUACGCUUGCUGUUGAAGUAGGGCAUUCACAAUCUCUACAGCAUCUACGGGACGACAUGGGGUGGUGGUUCAAGGAGUCUAAUCACCUGGUCAAGGUCGUUCUUCUAAUCAAGUACCACCCCGGGCCAUUGGAGGGAAUAACGAUUGAACAAUGGCGAGAGCGGCCUGUUGGUCCUUGUGGCGUGCAGCUUGAGCUAACCUGUCAGCAAGUUAUCAAUAUCACCAAGAACUCAGCUACUACAAAUCGAGUGUUUCCCCUGUCAUACAACGUCACCGGAGGUGCGCUGGAGCUGAGAUUUUCCGACCUCUUUCUUCGGGAUCCAGGCCAAGGUGAGAGAGACAUAGUUGUUGAGGCUGAGAGAUUGCAACGGCUUGCUGCCAUGGUCGGGCGCAGCCGCAACAGGGCAUCCGCCAAUACCUGA